AUGCUUCAAAUUAAGAAAUCUCCUUUUUUUAAAUGGAACAAACCUAACAAGCUGGUUCUUUAAAUGAAUUUUUUAAUUAAUACAAUAAGAAAAACUUAAGAACCUAAUUAUCUAAACUUAAACUUCGUUUAUGAACUUAAAAAUACUUAGAAACUUAAGGGACAAUAUACAAAUCAAUAUAAGACAUACUUAUUGAUUCAUUUUGAGCGUAAGAAAUUGUGUAAUGAAAUUGUUGAAUUGAAUGAUUUACAUCGAUUAGUAUUUAACACAUAAUAAAACAAUUAGAUGAGAGAGAUUCUAAAAGUUAUUGAGUCAGAUUUAGAUGAUAAUGUUUUUGAGGAUUAUUAUAAUUUUAUUAUUAUAAUAUAAAUAAUGUAUUAAGACGCCAGUUACUACUCAUAAUCUUAGUAGAAAUAAUCAGUCAAGAAUAAUUCAAUGAAGGUCGCACGAUAAUGGUAGAUAAAUGAUUAAAAAGCAGAAAAAAAUGGAUUACACAAAGCAAUUUAUUGGGUUAAGAGUUAAACAAAGAAUGAAGAUGGAACUUAAAAAUAAGAGAGAUGGGUGGCUGACUAAAAAUAUGUUGGUGAUUGGAAUCAAAACAAAAAGUGUGGCUUUGGUGUAUAAUAUUACGGAAAUGGUGAUAAAUAUGAAGGUGGAUGGUUUGACAAUCAAAGAAAUGGAUAAGGAACAUAUUGGGUGAGCGAAGGAAAGAAUAAGUAUAGACAUUCAUAUUUAUGAUACUAGAAUGAGAAGAGAAUAUACAGGCGAUUGGGUGAAUGACAAGAAAACAGGCAAGGGAACCAUGUUUUAUUAGAAUGGAAAUAGAUAUGAUGGUGUAUGGCAGGAUGAUAAAUCACAUGGAGAAGGACGUAUGAUUUAUGCAAAUGGCGAUGUUUACGAAGGCUCAUGGUUUAAAGGCUUAAGAAGUGGUUACGGAGUCUUAACCAAAAGAAAUGGUGAUCAUUUUGAGGGCUAUUGGGUUAACGAUAAGAGAGUAAUAAAUAUACAUUAUUAUUAUUCAGGAAGGCCAAGGAUCUUACUUCUUUGCUACAAAGAAUCAAGUAUUUGUCGGAGAAUGGGUAGACGAUAUGCCCAAAACUGGAGUGUAUUCUGAAGUGGAGGAUCCCUACACAGUGAAGGAGGAAAGAGAGAAGCAUUUCAUGGAUCCUUAUGUGUUGCCAGACAUUCCUAAAGUUGAAUUGCAUGAUCCUACCAAUGUUCUUAAGGAGUCUAUGGAGUUGGCUAGAAAGGAGAGAAUCAUUUACAGAGCCAUUCAUAUCCCAUUAGAUGAAAUGUAUUCUAAAUAGGAGAUGGAAGACUUGGCUUUAUAAUUUGAGUCUGCUUCGAAUUAGGAACACAAAAUUACAUUAAUUAAUAGCAAAGCCAUUUUUUAGAGCAUGGGUUUUGAUAUUGAAGGUAAUUAUUUUGUUUUAUCUUAAGAAAAACUACUUCAAAGCUAUUUAAAGCAUUUGCAAUAGGAUAAGUACAACGAAUUUGAAAUAGAGUUGGAAACUUUCAUGAGAUUAGUAGCUAUAAUAUUAGAAAGUCAAGGGAAUGAUCAAUCAGAGAUUAAUAUUUGA